AGAAGCAGGUACGUGAGUUCCCGUUCUGUCCAGAAGUAUCGCGAGAGUUCACAUGCGAGCAGCGCGAGUUACAACGUGAUGCAGUUCUUAUGCGUGCCUUCACCAUUGAGGCCAAUUUCUGUGGAGACAUUUGAAAGUAAAUGUCAUCAUUAUUUUUCAAAGAGUAGGGAGAAAAACGUGCUCCAUAGGCCCUCGGUGUGUAUUUCAGAACACAGAAGAACAUGGUGUCCACAAGAGCCUCCAGUAGGAAGAAGAGAUUUCUCAAUCAGAGCAGUUUCCAAAGACACCAGCGCAUUCACACUGGAGAAAAACCGUAUCAGUGCUCACAGUGUGGAAAGAGUUUUGAUCAAGAGAGUAAUUUCCGACGACACCAGCGUAUUCACACAGGAGAAAAACCGUAUCAGUGCUCACAGUGUGGAACGAGUUUCGGGCAGAAAUAUACUCUCCAGCAACACCAGCGCAUUCAUACAGGAGAAAAGCCGUAUCAGUGUUCACAGUGUGGAAUGAGUUUCAGGCAGAAAUGUACUCUCCAGCAACACCAGCACAUUCAUACAGGAGAAAAACCAUUUAUCUGUGUGCAGUGUGGGGCGAAAUUUACUCACAGGCCUAAUUUCAAAACACACCAGCGUAUUCACACAGGAGAGAAGCCGUAUAAUUGCUCACAAUGCGGAAAGAGUUUUACUGACUCGAGUACUCUCCGACGACACCGGCGCGUUCACACAGGAGAGAAGCCGUAUUUCUGCUCACACUGUGGAAAGAUUUUUAAUCUAGAGAGUAAUCUCCAACGACACCAGCGCGUUCAUACAGGAGAGAAGCCAUAUCAGUGCUCACACUGUGGAAAGCGUUUUGCUGACUCGAGUACUCUCCGACGACACCAGCGCGUUCACACAGGAGAGAAGCUGUAUUGGUGCAAAACCAGACCUAAACCCAGUUGAGCAACAUUUCGCCUCCUGAAGAAGAGACUGAAGGGAGAAACCCCCCGAAACAAACAACGACUGAGAGAAGCUGUGGUAAAAACCUGGAAAUGCUUCACAAAAGAAGAAAGCAGCAGUUUGGUGUCAGUGAGUCACAGGUUGGAUGCAGUUACUGAAAAUUGCUCGCAUAAAAAUUGGGUGGUCUGAUGCAAAGGGUUCUAUGUUUUAUGUUGUUUAACACAUCUAGCUGUAAAUACCAAGAAAUAAAAGCUGAGAUCCUAAA